AGUGGUAGACUGUAGUGGGUCAAUUUUUCCUCUCGGCUCAGCCUGAAGAACCAUUCGAUCUUCACAAAUCACAAAUAAGAAUUAAGAUCAUUCCUCUCAAUUUUCCGUUCCUUCUUUGAAGAAAUUUCACGAUUAAUGAUCGUUAGACUUCAGAGUUCAGAGGCAGAACAGUGAUGAAUGAAUGUUUCUCAUUUUCUCCACGAACUCCAACUCUGCGCUAGACGCCAGUCGGCAUCAGCCGCUGGAAAGCUCCAUUCUCAGAUCAUCAAAACCGGAUUGGUCCAAUAUGGCCCCCUCCCCAACACCCUUUUGGAUGUCUACGGCAAAUGCGGUCUCAUUCCCCAAGCCCUCCAACUGUUCGACGAAAUGCCCCACAGGGAUCACGUCUCCUGGGCCUCGAUUCUCACCGCCCAUAACCAAGCCAUUCUUCCCCGACGGACCCUUUCGAUGCUCAACACCAUGUUGGCGCUUGAUGGGUUGCAGCCCGACCAUUUUAUCUUCGCCUCCAUAGUCAGGGCCUGUGCGAGCUUGGGAAUUUUGCGGCUAGGUAAGCAAGUCCAUGCUCGGUUUAUGUUGUCUUCGUUUUAUGAUGAUGAGGUUGUCAAGUCUUCUUUGAUUGAUAUGUAUGCCAAAUGUAGGCAACCCGAUGAUGCUCGGGCUGUUUUUGAUUCCAUUUUGUUCAAGAAUUCUGUUUCUUGGACUGCUAUGAUUUCUGGGUAUGCUAGAAGUGGGAGGAAAUCCGAUGCUAUUGAGCUUUUUCAUCGAGUUCCGGUGAGAAACUUGUUCUCGUGGACUGCUUUGAUUUCGGGGUUGAUUCAAAGUGGCAAUGGAAUGUACUCGUUUUCUUUGUUUAGUGAAAUGAGGAGAGAAGGAAUUGAUAUUGUUGACCCUUUAGUUCUUUCAAGUGUUGUUGGAGCUUGUGCAAAUUUGGCUCUUCUGGAGCUAGGAAAGCAAAUUCAUUGCUUGGUUAUAGCUCUUGGCUUUGAGUCUUGUUUAUUUAUAAGCAAUGCACUUGUAGAUAUGUAUGCUAAAUGUAGUGACAUUUUAGCAGCCAAGGAUAUCUUUCUUGGAAUGCCCCGAAAAGAUGUGAUUUCUUGGACUUCAAUCAUAGUUGGUACUGCUCAACAUGGGCAAGCAGAGGAGGCAUUAGCUUUAUAUGAUGAGAUGGUUUUGGCUGGAGUAAAACCGAAYGAAGUGACUUUCGUUGGGUUACUUUAUGCUUGCAGUCAUGCCGGGCUAGUUAACAGAGGUCGCGAAUUAUUUAGGUCUAUGGUAGCUGAUUAUAGGAUUAAUCCUUCUCUCCAGCACUACACAUGUUUAUUAGAUCUUCUGAGUCGCUCUGGACACCUUGAUGAGGCAGAGAGUAUAAUUAAUGAAAUGCCAUUUAAACCCGAUGAGCCUACUUGGGCAUCUCUAUUGAGCGCGUGCAAGCGACAUAAUAKUAUGAAAAUGGGAGUUCGAAUUGCUGAUCAUGUCUUGGAUUUAAAACCUGAAGAUCCUUCGACAUACAUACUCUUGUCGAAUGUUUAUGCCAGUGCUGAAAUGUGGGAAAGUGUUUCAAAGGUGAGAAAGUUGAUGAGUUCUAUGGAAGUAAGAAAGGAACCGGGUUAUAGUAGCAUUGACUUUGGGAAGGAGAGUCAAGUAUUUCAUGCUGGGGAGACUUGUCAUCCUAUGAGAGAUGAGAUUUUCCAUCUACUGAAGGAUUUAGAUGCAGAAAUGAGAAGGAGAGGCUAUGUUCCUAACACCAGCUUUGUUUUGCAUGACAUGGAGCAGCAAGAAAAGGAAAAACAGCUCUUUUGGCACAGUGAGAGGUUGGCCAUGGCAUAUGGACUUCUCAAGGCUGUUCCAGGGACGAUUAUUCGGAUCGUGAAAAAUCUUCGCAUUUGUGGAGAUUGUCAUAAUGUCUUGAAAUUUGCUAGUGAUAUAGUGAAAAGAGAAAUUGUCGUCCGCGAUGCCACGAGAUAUCAUCAUUUCAAGGAAGGGAAAUGUUCGUGCAAUGAUUUCUGGUGACUACUCUGUGGGUAAUUUUGUGGGAUCCUCUUCUACUUAUCUCCAAAAUUCUUUGACCAAAAGCCAACAACCCUAAAUAACUUUCGGAAGAAAGAUUUGAGCAUCCCUAUGGAGACACCAGCUAAUAUUAAWCAUUCUGCAUAAAUGAAGCCACCUAUCUACCACAAUCAUAUUAUGGAAAGCAGAGGAUGAUAUUUUUCCAUCUGAUGGCUAUGAUCCUAAUACUGCCUUCUUUUUCAUGACAUGAAGCAUCAAGAAGCAGCUCUUUGGGGACGGUCAGAAGCUGGCUAUAUGGCCGUAUGGAGCAUUCACUAAAAUGGAGACAGGAGGAUACUUGUUUGAGGUAUAAAAAUUAUUGAGAAGCCUCAAUUAGAAGAUAAAUAUACUUUCAAGGCAAACGCCUAUAUAGCCUUCAUAAGUUUUGACCAUUGUGGAAACUUUUUAUCACCAACUUUGUUGUGUCAUACAUUUAUUAACUUUAUGUGGGGGAUAGUGGAAAGAAUGAUGAAAUUUAGUA